AUGACGAAAACCGUGGUGGGCAUUUGCAUUGUCUAUGGAAAGCAGCGAGGACUAAAGAGCUUUUUUUUUCUGAUGCUUCUCAUUGUCUGGAGAAGUUAUGCGAGUGCAAAUAGAAAAUUAUUGACAGAUAGCCCAAAAGUAGAAGAGGAAGGGUCUUCAAGUCCAAAGACCAUCACCUUCUUUAUGCACCAUCUAACUGGAGGACCCAACCCAACUGCCAAUCCUGGACUUGGACUUGGAGGACUUCAAGGCACUAGCAAUGGCAUCUCUGGCCUGCCAAACCAGCUUGGAAAUGAUAUCAACUUCAAUGGUAUCCUGCUGACUAAUGUGGUUGUGAUCGAGGACACCCUGACAGAAGGGCCUGAUCUCCACUCAUCUGCUGUGCUUGGAAAGGGGGAGGGAUAUUAUUUUCACUUGCCCAGCCUUGCUGAAGACGAAGAUCCCGAAACACUCUUGCUCGCCUUCACUGUCAGAUUCAAAGGUUCUGAAUAUGAAGGUAGCAGCAUUGAAUUCUCAGGCAAAGACAACAUCGCAUUACCACAGAGGGAGAUCACAGUGGUGGGAGGCAGUGGUGUGUUCCACAAUGCUCAAGGCCAUGCUCUCAUCGAGACUGUUUCUCACACAGUCGAUGAGACAAUGCUCAAGCUCACCGCUACUCUUACCUACAAAUGA